AUGGUUCAGACACGAGAAGAACUGGAAGCACAAAUGUGUGAUGAGUUAAGGGGCAUUUUGAAGGGUUUAAACUUAAUCACCACCGGCAACAAAGACGUUCUGAUUAAGCGUGUCCUUGAUCACCAAGCGGAUUCAUCCACCAACAACAGCACCAGCAAGCAGCCAGAGCUUGAACUAUCCUGCGGAAGUGUUGAGGGAUUAGCCGAGAUAGUAGGCCUGGGUGAAGCCGCUAUAACCAUCCUGAAGAAUCAGCGAUUCACGACCGUCGAGAAGGUCCUCACCUUGUCAAAAGAAGAUCUCUGGGAGCCGCCCCUCAAUGCCAUUCCUCUCUGCGACCGCAAAGAUUUGCUGACCUACAUCAAUAAUUCCGGCCGCAACGGAGACUCUGUCAUCAUCGUUCCCCCGCUAAAGGUCACCAAAGCCGAUGCCGCAGAAAUCAAACCGGACACACGCCGCAACAUCCUGCCAGAUGACCUUGACCUCCCAUCACAACGAAGCAGUCCAACCCGUUUCUUUGGCCCAGCGAGAAUUGGCGGGUAUCGUGGUAGAGGAAAUCGUGGUGGUCAUGGUGGUUAUGGUGGUUACGGUGGGUAUGGUGGCUAUCGUGGUAAUGGUGGUCCUCAUCGGUUUCGCGGGCGUGGCCGUGGGUUCAACCACGGCCGGGGUCAUGGUUACGACAUGCCGCUCGGAUGUUGUUUUGCCUUCAACGAAGGACACUGCUAUUACGGGGAGAGUCAGUGCGGAUACGAACACACCUGCGCCAAGUGUCGCCGGAGAGGGCACAACAUGCAAGAUUGCCCACGCAACCAGGACGGAAACGGACGUGGAGCCAAGAGCGGCGGGUAGUGAGAGUUGUUGGGUCGCGAACCAUGGUUUGUGUGUCAAAAAUGCUGUUGAAAAUGGCAAUGUUUUGGGUACAGAUAAUCAUUUUACUGCCAAAUCAAUCCAUGUAUUUUCUGAAGUGAAUCAUAACGCGAGUAAUUUUAUUGGUUGUGGCGAAACUGUUGUUAUUAAUAAAAAUGUUGAAAAUUG